ACCAGAGUGCCUCUUGAGCCCCAGCCUCCUCCCUUCAAUCCCUGCCCGGGUUUGGAAGAGGCUCCCCUCUAGUGAUGGAGAGGAGAGCAUCUGUUUGAGGAAAGCUAUCCUCUCUGUGUCUUUGUCUCCUUCCAGUCGUCUCUCUGGCUCGGGACUCUGCAGCGGCGGCGGCGGCGGCAGCAGUUACGGCAGCAGCAGCUACAUACAGCCCGGAGGAGGCGGCAGAGCGCGCCCGGGGAGCCGGCAGCCGGAGGGAGCGAUUCCGGGAGCCUCCUCCCCAGCUCCGCAGCCAGGCGAGAUGCCCCUGCGGUUCUAGCACCCCGCGCCCGCCCUCGGCCGCGGCCGCACGGGGAGCCCGGGCGGCCCCACGGUCCCGGCUGCCCGGCCUGGGCGCAGUGGACUGGCUGGCUGACGGGCAGCAGCAGCCAUUGCCCGCGCGCACCCCCCACCUCUUGCACACGCACACACACACACACGUCCACGCAUUCACAGACACACAGGCGCACACGCGCACCACACACACCCCCUCCCUUGCACCCUCCCCACCCGGGCACCCUCCUCCUCUCCUCCCCACCUCCUCUUCAAGGCGCCGCUCCGAUGGAGCAGCUAGCCUGGCACCGUGCUGGCGCAAGGUAUCUUCUGGGACCAAAGAAAUAAGGACCCACUGUGUAAUUUCUAUGGGUGUUGUUAAGACCCUGGUAGCAGUAAUGUAGUUUCCCAGCUACAGGACUGGACUUCUUCCCUUGGAGCCAACCCAACAUAUAGACGUCUGUUUAAGAAGGAGAAGAGGGAAGAAGACGCUCACACAUUCAUGGAAGCCUACUGAGGCAUCAACUAAAGCAAGGAGGCAUUCUUUUGACUUGGGCUGGACCCUUUGCCACCUUUGUUGGGGUAAAUGAGGAAUGGGCUUGUGAUUAUGCUGACGUCCCAGCAUGCAUUUGGUAGACCUGUGGUUAACUCGUUCCCUCUCCAUGUGUCUCCUCCUACAAAGUUUUGUCCUUAUGAUACUGUGCUUUCAUUCAGCCAGUAUGUGUCCCAAAGGCUGUCUUUGUUCUUCCUCUGGAGGUUUAAAUGUCACCUGUAGCAAUGCGAACCUCAAGGAGAUCCCCAGAGAUCUUCCUCCUGAAACAGUUCUCCUUUACUUAGACUCCAACCAGAUAACGUCCAUCCCCAACGAGAUUUUUAAGGACUUGCAUCAGCUCCGAGUUCUCAAUUUGUCCAAAAAUGGCAUCGAGUUUAUAGAUGAGCAUGCCUUCAAGGGGGUGGCCGAGACACUCCAGACGCUGGACUUAUCCGAUAACCGCAUUCAGAGUGUUCACAAAAAUGCUUUCAACAACCUGAAGGCCAGGGCCAGGAUCGCCAACAAUCCCUGGCACUGUGACUGUACUUUGCAGCAGGUCCUGAAAAGCAUGGCAUCUAACCACGAGACGGCGAACAACGUCAUCUGUAAGACUUCCGUGCUGGACGAACAUGCCGGAAGGCCUUUCCUUAAUGCUGCCAAUGACGCUGACCUCUGUAACCUUCCCAAAAAGACCACGGACUACGCCAUGCUUGUCACCAUGUUUGGCUGGUUCACCAUGGUGAUCUCUUACGUGGUAUAUUAUGUACGGCAGAAUCAGGAGGAUGCCAGGAGGCACCUAGAAUACUUGAAAUCCCUGCCAAGCAGGCAAAAGAAAGCAGACGAAGCUGACGACAUUAGCACUGUGGUAUAGUAUUGGGAAUGGCAACCUUUGAGAUGGAAGUCAGUUUUGGGUUGUGUUAGACUGAAUGGUUUACUUCCAACAUCCAUUGUAUACAUUUAAGACUUUACAUUUCAGUUUAAUUGAAUUGCGCCACUGUUGGACUUAAACAAAACCCUAACAUUAAAAUGAUUUUAGUUUGGGUGACCUACACUAUAAUUUUUCCUCUGGUGGUAUAUUCCUAAGUAAGCUACUAUGUAAACAUUAGUUAGAUUCAUUUCACUAUUUAAUAAUGAAAUUUAUUUUUUUAAUUUAAAACCAAAUAAAAGCCUAACUUUGAACCAUGUAAAACAGAGUAAUUUAUUGGACAGAGAUUGAUGCUAUGGAUUCACCUGCCUUUUCUAUACUCAGAGUUGACUUUUAUGGGCCAAAAGCUCUCUCAUAAUGAAAGAUGCAUUAAUACAACUUUCUGUAAAUUGGGGAGCUGUACCUGAAGCAUCUACUGAAUAAAGAUUCUCUCUCAGUCUUUUUCAAAAAAGAAAUAAAUUUUUGUUGAUAA